AGAAAAAUUCAAAAUUUGUACUACAGUAAUCCGAAACUUCAGAAUUUUAAUCAGUUUAUAAAAAUUUCAAUAGAUGGCGAUACUGAGUACUAUGGAUAAAGAACGUGCUUUACUGCUUAUUUUUGUAUAAUUUAGGUCUUCUAAAUUCUUUAUACCUAAGUAAGCUAUAAGUUAAGUUUUAGUAGGUCGUAAAGCUUUCCGGUUAUUGUCUAUAGCAACAACCGAUUUGAGACCAAUGCAGUUAAUGCAUUGAUGAAAUUGCAAAGUGAUUAAUCAUGUAUAUUUUAAAGAUUUACUACAACUAAGUAUUUAAAACAUUUCUCUGGUGUUGCUCUAGAGCGUUCUAAGAUAUAUUUAUAGUAUCUGUUAAAGUUUACAGAGUGAUAGAGCCAUUUUAAAAUCUACUGUAAUGGAAGAUAAUUUCUCCCCUUAUCCACCAGCUCAAACUAAACUAGUUUGUGUUGUUUGUCAUAGAGAAUUUUCUUCUAUGAAAGGGCUUGCGACACAUUUUCGUACGCACACAUGCAUUCGUGUACCAAAGGCUAGACCCGUGUUUCAAUGUCACCUGUGUGAAAAAAAGUACUAUUACAAAAAUGACAUUAAUGAACAUAUAAAUGUUCAUUUUGGCUGGAAGCCACAUAAAUGUAAAGAAUGUGAUCAACACUUUUGUGGUCUGAGGAGUUUAAGAAUGCAUGUUAAAAGUUGUCACGAAGAACGUAAAUAUUACCCCUGUUCUAUAUGUGAUAAACAGUUUGCUACUAAGUUAAGUUUGAAAGUUCAUAUCCGCAGUCAUUUAAAUUUAAAGCCAUUUAAAUGCACGAUUUGCCCCAAAACAUUUUCCGCUAACAAAUACUUUAAAAAAUAUUUGCUGUCUCAUACGGGAGAGAAACCACAUGUCUGUGAUGUUUGCCAAAAGAGAUUUUCUAUUAAGUAUAAUUUAAGAGUUCAUUACCGCAUUCAUACGGGUGAGAAACCGUUUGUUUGUACUAUAUGUGAUAAAGCUUUUCGUGUUAAGCUGAUUUUAGAUGGUCACUAUAAAACUCAUGGCAUUUCAAAUGAAUCUAAUGCAACUGUAUAGCUCUUUUCCGUAAUAAUUCUUCGUGUUUUCUUAAGAACUUGAUGAAUUGCCUGCCCAAGAUUAUUUAUUCUUUAUUUGGAUUUCAUUAUUCAGUUUUAUAGAAUAAAAAGUCAUGUUUUUGUGUUGAUUUAGGGUAUUACAAUAAAACUGGUGGCAUUACAAAUUCAUUUGGCAAAAGUAUGUAAAACACUCUAUCUAGUCGCAUUUUUUUUUUGUCAGAUAUUUUUCUACCUAUCUUUAAGUUAAUCGAUCAAUUGUUUACUAAACUUUUAGUAUUUUUUCAUUAGCCAGGUGCAAGUAAGUAAAACUUUUAUUAGUUUCUAACUUAAAACAAAAUGAAAGUUUCCAAAGAAAUAACGAUAAAAAAGAAGGGUGACAUUUCUUGUACUCAUCUAAUGUAUCAGUUUUUCGUUUAUUUGUGAUUUUGUUAAUAACAUGAAGUAGAAUUUCAAUACAUAAGAUUUAACCUUUUGUGUGAAUUGGGUCACUUAUAAAACUAGUGCUAUUAUAAAUAUCUCUAAGGAAAUACAGUGAAACCUCCAAGAAAGACCACCUCUAUUUGAAACUCUUUUGGGAUGAACAGAAUUUUUUCUGUAGACUUUGCGCUAAAGAAAAUCUCUAGGAGAGACCCUUAAAACCUCUCACAGUAAUCAAGAAAACAUCUGCACCAGAUGCAGAAAAGGUCAAAUAAGAAAACACGAAAAAAUAUAAAAUCAAAAACUUUAACGAAACAAAUAAGUAGAUUAUAUCAGUUGGGAUAAUUUUUAUCGACACUAAAUUUUGUUUAUCAAUACGUCUUUUCGAUAGGCCAACAGAAGUGGCAUUUCCGCACCAAGAAAAUGACACUGACUAAAAUUAAAUUGCGAAAAAUCAUGCACCUUUGAUAACAAUUAUGAAGUCUAUGGAGGUAACACCUCUAUGAACGACCAUUUUACUGUGUGACGGAGAGUGGACGCUCCUCAGAGGUUUCACUGCUCAUUUAAAACUACUUAGAUUUAUCUUUCAUAUUAGUAUUUGUCUAUUAUUAAUAAAAUUCUUUUUCAGAUGUCUUCUUAAAAAUAUUUUCUUUAAGAUUUUGAAAUUGUGUUUAUUAAUAAAAAAUCCUUUGAGGUAUAACUGAUAUUCUUUCUCAUAAAGUUAAUUUUGGAUGAUGAUCAAUCAAGUAUAUAAUUUUAUACACAUCUGCUGCUUUCGCACGAUAAUACCUGCUAUUCUGGGACAUAAUUGUACAAGCCGUGAGAAAAGGGUUAAUGGAUUUCUUUUUAUGCAUAUCAUUUUCCUUUUUAAUUUAUUAUUAAAUUAAUUCAUACUAUAUUUUAUUUUAUUCAAGUUUUAUAUUGUUAUUUUACAAUUAUAAAAAGGAAUCAUUUUUUUGUGCUACAUGCAAUAAAGUUCCUUCUUUGGGUAUGAAAUUGAUUUUACCUAGAUGAUUGCAAUAUUUUUGAAUGCAUGUGGUAAUAGCUUAGACAGAUGUGUCUUUUCUCAUAUAAAUAUAUAUUUGUUCCUUUAUUAUUAAUAUUUUAUUAAUGAUUAUUAAAAGAUUAAAUCAAGUGUUGCAAAGAAGGAUUUUCUUUUUCAGAAUUCAUAAUCACAUUUAC